AUGCCGCAGAUGCACCGCUUUUUCAGUGGGUCUAUAAACUCCAUAAAGACUGGAAUCAUACAACAUAGAUGCUACGUCAUUCCCAGGUCUAGCUAUGCUCCCACGUUGGGCGGAGAUUCCACCAUUGAAAAUAAUCUAAAGACAGAAACCAAUAGACUAUCCAAGACAAGUCAAAAAUUCUGGAAGCAGGUCUCAAUAAAGGAAGACGGAAGUAAGUUGCUCAUGCAGCUCGACUCAAAGUCUAUUUUAACUCCCUUAGGCAAUCCAAUUGUGAUUGACAAGGACAGAAGGCUACUGGCAAUGCUGCUACAGAAAGAAUGGGAAACAUUGCCAAACAAGUCCAUCAAACCACAUCUCUUGCCACUUACUUCACUUGUGUCUCGUUGUAUCGAUUUAGAAAGCGUGCAUGGUGAAAAUGGGGACCCAGAUCUCAUGGCUAAGAUUGGCGGCGAUCGUGAAAAGAUAGCGACUGAUCUCUUACGUUAUUUGGAUACAGACACUCUUUUGAUUUUCUCGCCACAUUAUGAGUAUGAGGGUGCUUUGCGAGAGGCACAGAAUAAUUUAUAUUUGCCUUUAAUUAGCACUGUUGAGCAAUUCCUUAAAAGAUACACUCCGUCGGAGGUCAAUUUGAGAGUUCUUGACUCUGAUACUGAUGGUUUAAGAGGUAAUAGUCAGGCAGCAAGCACUAGAGAGGCAGCCAAAAAAUUCUUAGAUUCUCUUUCUUUGUGGGACUUGGCUGUUUUUGAAAAUACAGUCUUGACAUCUAAAUCAUUUAUUUGUGGAAUAUUAAUGUUGCAAAGUAAGGCAUCCUUAAAGCCAUCGAGACAUUUAGAGCUUAAUACCGAAGAAAUUGUUCGAGCAGCGACAUUAGAGAUUAUUCAUCAAGUUGAAAGGUGGGGUGAAGUUGAAGAUACUCACGAUGUCGAUAAACGUGAUGUACGCAGGAAGCUUCAUGCAGCUGGGAUUGUAGCUUUCCGAGAAAGAGGGUGA